AUGUCAGAUCCUAAGCCUUCCCGAAGGGCAAUGACAGUCCUUAUACUUUGGCCCACUAUCACUUUAUUAGCGUUAGAAGACAAAAAGCUACUUGUUCAAAAUGAAGAAUAUCCAAACAGAAUGACACUACACAACAUCUAA